AUGUCCUACACCAACGUUGCCUCCGCCGCACCGCAUAACGGAACGCUAAGUUUACCAAUCCUCAAGUUCUCGUAUACAACAACUCCUACGGACCGCACUGCUCCGUUGGCAUGGACACAUCUAUCUGGUGGCUCUGACCUGUUGGCUAGUUUCUCUUCCAUACGUGUGAGAGACGAGUCCUCGAAGUGGACAAGGGAGAGCAAGCUGCUGAAAAUCAUGAAAGGGCGGGAAGUGCUGGAAGAGCUUGACCUGGGUUUACUCGCACAGAGAGGAGCCUUGCCAUCUGCGGGAGAUGGUAAGGUGCCAGUGGCUAUCAUUGUGAAAGUCCCAUGUCUAGCUAUACGGUAUCAAUCCACUGCUAAUCAGACACGUCGGUUCCAAGUGAAAUUUGCUUCAGUAGCAGACUACAACCAAGCCGUAGCCGUACUGAAAGAAGCAAAAUGUCCGGUUACCGAGCCACCGGCAUCAAUAAUACAGUCUUCACCAUUUACGACUCCAGCACUAGGGUCCGGGUAUGCAGGGACGGCCCCUCGUAAUGUCCCGCCAACCCCAGAAUCGAUAAUAACACCCUCGUGUUAUUAUACGGAUGGUUUGAGCACUCGACCGGCCUCAUCAACAUUUGUAGAAACACGGCCGUCAUCUAUGGAAUCGUCGAUGACUCUUCCAAACUUGCCUAUGGCUCGCCCAAGCUCGGGCAUUGCACUGUCCCAUUUCCCAAAGCAGCCACGGACGCCCGCACAAGCAGAAGCACAAGCACAAGCACAAGCACAAGCACAAGCACAAGUACAGGGACAGACCGAACCAACUCCUCGGCCAUCAAUAGCGCCGACAUUUCUCACUUCAGAGUCCCUCAGCCAGCUUCUGCCGCCAAAGCGAGAACUGCCAUUUGCAAAGGCAAAGAAGAGGCCUGCUCAAAGAUCUCCAUCAAGGGCACCUAACCCCAAGAAAACAGGCAAAGUUGGCCAGGGAAGGGAUGGCCAGCAUGAUGCUUGCGCCGCAGCUGCAGAGAAUAUAGCCAGAACAGCGCAUACAUCAACGACGGGACCGAGCGUACAGGACGCCAGCCACACACCGGUGAGGGGCAAAGAAGGUGAGAAAGAAGGGGAACCAGACCGUGAGAUUCCAAGGUCCCUCCUUCCAUCUCCGAGCAUUUCGCCGCAGAAGGGAGGGGCCGACGGAGGCGAAGACAGGGUGCAAAAAGACACGAUCACCAUCACGGAUGGCGCAGCUGUGGGUGAGAUGGGCAUCGGCUGCUCCAGGAGCACGGACCUCCUGCCAUUUAUCCGUGAAGAUCUGUCGAACUACGCUUCGCGCCCGACCACCGAACGAUCCGAUCUGAUUGAGUCGUGGGUAUGUCAGCAAUUGCAAAACGACUCGUUCAUCACGCUCUGCCAGGACAUGGAGGGAGUCUGGAAGCGACUUGCAUUUGGAUUCUGA